ACGAAACUAUUCAAUCGCCACCCUUAAAUGAAGAUGAUUCUGUAGAUUUAGAUAGUGUCGAAAAUAGCAGUGAUGACCUUCUUUAUAAUAUCCAUGAUAUUGAAGAACUUAUCAAUAUUAAAUUUGAAGAUAGUGAAGAAAAGGAUGAACCGGUUAAAUUCUCUGUAAUAGUAAAACUUGAAAGAGAAUUAGUUCAUGAAAAAAUAAUGUCUCCAGAG